AUGGCUUCACCGAAUAGUAUUCUAUGCAUGGACGCAUCCGUUGAAUUGGAUACCAAGGCUAUAAGAGACUUACUAAUAACUAAUUAUUCCAAUUUAUUACUCACACCACGUUAUCCUCGCUACAGUUUAGAAUCUGAUCGUUUAGCCAGUUUUCAAGGAUGGUCAGUGCCCUACAUCACAUCUGACGACUUAUCUAAAAAUGGAUUUUUCUACACCGGUGAAGGAGAUAAGGUUGUAUGUUUCCACUGCGGAGUUACUGUACGCAACUUCCGGAGUUCUGUUGACUCGGAAUAUUUUCAUCUACAAUAUCAACCCAACUGUCAUUUUGUAAGGGGAAAUUUCUUUUUUGGAGUCAACCUGUAA